UCAAGUUACAUUUAUGAGGGACUUUCUUUCUCCCACGCUGCAUUUCUGGUACAUGUACUUUUGUAUAUGUUUGGUUUCUGCUUUGACUACUUCACAUGUAGAGGCAAGCACUAUAAGUGUGCUGAUCAAACCUGAAUAAUAUAAGUGGCUCUUCCAUUUUCACUCUUGUUUAGAGAUUGUUCCAGAGAAACAAACCAUGGUAGUGAAGGUUUACGGUCCCCACUGUGCUUCCACAAAGCGGGUGCUGGUUUGUCUGGUUGAGAAGGAAGUCGAAUUUGAUGUUGUCCCUGUUGAUGUCACUAAGGGGGAGCAGAAGGAUCCUGAGUACCUCAAAUUACAGCCCUUUGGAGUUGUUCCUGUCAUCAAAGAUGGAGACUAUACCUUAUAUGAAUCUCGUGCUAUAAUAAGGUAUUAUGCAGAAAAAUACAGAUCUCAAGGGGCUGAGUUGCUGGGGAAGACAAUAGAAGAAAGGGGUCUUGUGGAGCAAUGGCUAGAAGUUGAAGCACACAACUUUCACCCACCAGCCUACAACUUGUGUCUUCAUGGUUUGUUUGGUUCACUAUUUGGUGUGACUCCAGAUCCCAAGGUGAUUGAGGAGAGUGAAGCAAAGCUGGUGCAGGUGUUGAACAUUUAUGAGGAGAGGCUGUCAAAGACUAAGUAUUUGGCUGGGGAUUUCUUCAGCAUUGCUGAUAUUAGCCACCUUCCAUUUCUUGAUUAUGUUGUGAACAAUAUGGAGAAAAAGUAUUUGUUAAAGGAGAGGAAGCAUGUGGGUGCCUGGUGGGAUGACAUAAGCAGUAGACCAUCAUGGAACAAGGUUCUCCAGCUUUACCGAGCCCCAAUCUAGCUAAUUGCUGAAUGAAUUUCAGGGAAACUGCUAUUAGUAUCAUCUUUGAAUAUGUUAGUCAAGAAUAAAAUUACUUUCACCAAAUUCCAAUUAAAGGGAGGGAUUGAGGAAGAAAGUGGGUAGUGUUCAACCUAAUGGAAUGUGUUGAAUUUGUGCUUUCUUUCAUUUUCAGUUGUUUGCUUGUUUUUAAUUUGGAUAUUCCUUGUGGUCAUGCUCUUAGCUUUCCUGUUGUUUAUCCUCUAAUUUUCUUUUUCUACUGAAUAAAAGUUAUAUGUUUACUUCAA